CAGAUGCCACUGGCAGUGAUGAACGUGCUGCACCUCUUCAUCCUGCUGGCUGUGUACAGGCUUGCACAUGGCACCUGGGACACCUGCAGAGGGACCUGCGGGCACCGGCCCAUGGCUUCUGACUAUGACUCCAUAGCCUCUGACUUCAGCAUCGUGGCUGGCACAGGUGCCCAGCCGGGGGCCUGGCCCUGGAUUGUCAGCAUCCAGGACCCCAGGAAAAUAGGAACUGGCCAUACGUGUGGAGGGUCCCUCAUCAGCCCUCAGUGGGUCCUCACAGCAGCACACUGCUUCCUGCAGGCCAGGAAUGUCACCAUGUGGCGAGUGCUCAUCGGGGCCACCCAGCUGACCCACCUGGGCCCCGAGGCGCAGGUGCGGCACGUCAAGCGGCUGCUGGUGCACCAGCACUACACGGCAGCCUCGCAGCAGAACGACAUCGCCCUGCUGCAGCUGGACCAGCCCGUGCACUGCAGUGACUACGUGCAGCCGGCCUGUGUGCCCAACGCCUCGCUCACCGUGUCAGAGCUCAAAUCCUGCUACAUUGCGGGCUGGGGCUCUGCCAGCGCCAAAGCUCUGGGUGUGAGUGAUGUCCUGCAGGAAGCCAAGGUCCGUCUCCUGGACAGCCGUGUCGUUAACAGCAGCCGCUCGUACGCUGGGACCAUCCACACCCACAACCUGUGUGCUGGCUACCCCCGCGGUGGCAUGGACACCUGCCAGGGUGACAGUGGAGGGCCCCUGGUGUGCAAAGAUAACCGUGCCAGCUACUUCUGGCUUGUUGGAGUGACCAGCUGGGGAAAAGGCUGUGCCAGAGCAAAACGGCCAGGAGUCUACACCUCCACCCAGCACUUCUACAACUGGAUCCUGGUGCAGAUGGGCCUGUGCCCAGCUGUGCACCAGGUGCUGCUGAAACUCAUGGGAAAAAAGUCAUGA